AUGGCGGUCCAAGAGGAAAAGCGACAGGUCAUCAUUGUCGGCGGUGGCAUCACGGGCCUGGCAUUGGCGUUGAUGCUAAAAAACCUCGGAGUCGACUAUGUGCUCCUCGAGGCCUACGGCACAGUAACACCCAACGUCGGAGCUAGCAUCGGCCUAGGCCAGCCCGUCGAAGAGCAGAUUGUCAGAAACAGCACAACAGGCAAGCGCAUCAUGACCCGCAAGUCAAGAAGCCUCCUCACCAAACGACACGGCUACCCCAGUAUCUUCAUGGAGCGUUUCCAGCUUUUGAACGUGUUGUACGAGCACUUGAAGGACAAGAACAGGAUCUUCCUCAACCAGAAAGUCCAGAGAGUAGAGAAUCUCAAAGACAGCGCCCUGGUCUACACCAAAGACGGCUCCGUCUUUGAGGGACAAAUGGUGGUCGGCACAGACGGCGUACGCAGCACAAUCAGACAGGAAAUGUGGAGGAACGCAGACGCCAACGACGACUCCAGCGCCAUUCCGGUCCGCGACAGACAAAACAUCCCCUGCGAGCACGCCUGCAUUUUCGGCACCGCCAAGCCCAUGGCCGGCGUUGCCCCCAGCCAAGUAGUCGGCGCCAGCGGAAAGGGCACCGUGGCCGGCUGCAUGGGCGGCCCCGGCGGUGAGGUCUUUGUCUUUUGGUUCUGGACGCUGCCCGAGGGCCAGCGCUCGUACCCGAUCGACGAGAUCCCGCGCUUCACGGACGAGGACAAGCAGCGCGAGUUCGACCGCAGCGUCGACGCCCUCGUUGCGGACAACGGUCUGCGGUUCCGCGAGGUGGUGGAGAACCUCGAGUACAGCGGCGUCACGGCCCUUCCGCACUUUGUGAUGAGGCGGUGGCACUACGGGCGCAUCGUCAUCCUCGGCGACGCGGCGCACAAGUUCAACCCGCUUGUCGGCCAGGGCGGCAACAGCUGCAUCGAGUCCUGCGCCUCGCUGGUCAACGCCCUCCAGGAACAAAAGAUUAUCGGCAAGGGUGCUUCUGCUGCGGCAACGUGGAAGCUGCCCACCCUUUCAAAGGCGUUCGUCGCCGUUGAGGAGCAGCGUGUGGAGAUGCUGGCGUUCAUGGUCGAGCAGUGCCAGGAGGCCAUGCGUAUGUCGGCCUGGGAUACCUGGAAGGGCCGCCUGGUGCACCAGUACAUUGCGUCCCUCAUGCCGCUUGCCAAGUGGCUCGACUUUUACAGCGACCAGAUUGCCGGUGGCCUGAGUUUGAAGGGCGUGAAGCCGCCUUCUUCGGGCCACGAGUGGCCCUAUAGCGAGGAGAAGACCGUGGAGGAGAAGGCUAUGACUCUGAGCAAGGCGAGCGUCAUCGCUACGAUCCCUGUCGCCGCCUUGACUGCUUUCAUGGUCGCGCGGGUUCUUCGCCAAGAGAACAGUGCUGGUGGAUCGAUGCUGCUCUCGCGGGUGAUGGAGAAGAUUUCAAGUUUCCGGUGA